ACCUGACCAAACUUAAACCUGAAGCUCCCUCCUCUCCCUUGGUCAGAGGUCCCACCUUGCAUCAGUCUCCUGGCUCUGUCAGAGCUGGGUGAAGGGACAAACUUGUGUCAAACUGUGGACCUCCUGAAACCAACCAAACAAAACCAGUUCUGACCAAAUUAAAUCCUCUGCAUGUCCCAGGGCUACCGAAGACCUCUAGGCCCCUUAUAUCAUUCAGCUGCAGAUUAAUUAAUGCGUAAAUUAAUGCUUUAAAUCAGGAUGAGUCGUGUCUUAGUUAUAUAUUUAGCCAACCUUUUUUUAAUUGUGAUUAAAAUUAAGUAAUGUCUGUGUGACCCCUCAGCACUGGUCAUUUGAAUUAUGAGUAAUUUACACCUCAGUUUAAUGUCAAUGUAUCUCCUAUAGACUGACAGACAAACUGUAUUUUUUGAAGAGACUAUUGUAAUCAUUUUUGGUCUUCAUUAGAUAGAACAAGGAAUUUGUCAUCAAUACAAAUCUCCAAGUAGAAAUUACACAUACUGCUCUUAAGAUUACACAGGAUGGGGAAGAGGUACAGUUUUGUUGGAAAUUAAUGUUGAAAUUACCACGCGGAGAAACUUGCAAAGACGGCUCUAAAAGUACAUGAUAAUAAAGUGAUAAAUGUAGCUUAUGGUAGGGGAGAAGCAAACAUGGCAGAAACUACUACUAGGCACUACUGGGGAGACAUUACUAAUAAAUAAAAAAAAAUAAAGAAUCUGUUCAUGAUAAGCAGCUGAAAGGAGUGGAGGGGGAGUAUGAGAGGUGCAUUUGUACUGGGCCUUUAAAUGGGUUUUGCAUCCGGAGCAGCGCGUUCAUAUCCACACAACACAGGUGCACAGCUGCUGCUGGCCUCCAGUUCACCAUGGCCCAGAACCAGGUGAUCCUGCAGUUCCGGUUCGCCACGUUUGGGGACUCCAUGCUGCAGAAGAUGAACCUUCUACGACACCAGAGACGGUUCUGUGAUGUCACUGUGCGUAUCAACCAGCUGGAGGUCCCUGGUCAUAAGGUGGUGUUUGCCGCAGGCUCUUCUUUCUUGAGAGACCAGUUCAUCCUUCAGCAGGACUCCAGGGAAGUCCAGAUCUCCAUGAUUCAGGAGGCGGAGGUGGGACGGCAGCUGCUGCUGUCCUGCUACACAGGCCAGCUGGAGUUUCCAGAGCUGGAGCUGGUGCAUUACCUGACAGUGGCCAGCUUCCUUCAAAUGGGCCACAUUGUGGAGCAGUGCACUCAGGCCCUCAGCAAGUUCAUCAAACCUCAGGCUGCACCUCACCUGAAGGUGGAUGUGGAUGUGGAUGUGAGGAGGGAGAAAGAGGAAGGUUCAUCGUCCGAGGCCCAGAGAGAGCAAGAGCGCACUCAGAUGCGGAUGGUCCAUCAGGAGGAGGAGGAGGAGGAGGAAGAGGAGGAGGAGGAUGAGGAGGAGGAGGUGGAUCAGGUAGAGGACGACAACAAUGGUGACGGUGAUGAUGACGAGGAUGAUGAUGAUGAUGUGAUCAUACAGCCUAAGUCCCCUCUCCAGAUUUUGAGCAGACGCCCAAGGCAGGGUAUGGCGGAGAAUGACAUCACUAUAGUAAAGGUGGAGUCUGUGUCUGAGGUAGCAGAAAAUUCCAUCACCAGCCACUUCCCCACCAGCCCGCCUGCUGCUCUCCACUCCCCUGAGCCACAGCAUUCGCUCAUCAACUCCACUGUGGACAGUCGCAGCAGUGAGAUGGCAGUUCCACCUGGCAUGGCCGGGUACCCGUUCACCCCCCCUCCUCCCUCCCCUCCUGCAGACAAACACAGCACGCACCAGAGGAACUACGACAAGCCUCUGCAGUGGUAUCACCAGUGCCCAAAAUGCGCCCGGGUCUUCCGCCAGCUGGAGAACUACGCCAACCACCUCAAGAUGCACAAGCUCUUCAUGUGCCUCCUGUGCGGAAAGACUUUCACACAAAAAGGCAAUCUGCACCGACACAUGCGCGUCCACGCCGGCAUCAAGCCCUUCCAGUGUAAAAUCUGCGGUAAGACCUUCACUCAGAAGUGUUCUUUGCUGGAUCACCUUAACCUGCACAGUGGGGACAAGCCCCACCGCUGCAACUACUGUGACAUGGUGUUCGCUCAUAAGCCAGUUCUUCGCAAGCACCUCAAACAGAUCCACGGCAAGAACAGCUUUGACAACGCAAACGAAGGCACCUUGCACGAUGGGGGGCUUGACUUUGAUUUUAGCCGAAUAUGAAAUCCGUGGGCAUUUUUUAAAAUAGAUUUGUUGGAUACUAUCAGUUAUUUAAAUGUUUAUGAUGCAGAUUUUCCCCCGGAUGAGACAUCAGUGAAACGAGUCAUCGUAAAUUUAACACUUUAUACAAAGAUGGAGCAUUAAGCCAACGAUUGCAUUUUAAAAGACGUGACGGCUGGUUUCGAAUGAUGGCUUAAACUGGAGAACAUAAACAUGAAAGAUGAAGUUUUCCUGAUCUACAUUUCACUGUAGCUUCAUUACUGUGGACUUUUUUUCUUCUUUUUUUUAUACAGUACAUUGUAGAUGCCUUCAUAUCAUACUUGAAAAUUUAGCACUGAAACACAAACCAUCAUGACUGUGUAUCUUUACUUUUAUUAACAUAUCUUUGUGUCUAAUGUGUCCAAUGAAAAAACAUUGCAGAAAUGAAACUAUACAGUUGUAUAUUGUGUAUACAGUCUACUGUAGUUUUCUGUCUUACCUGUGUGAAUAUGACAACAAGGACUCCAUAAGUAAAAGAAACUUGAAAGAAGGUGGUUAUAACAAUAUUUUAUUGAAGGCAAGCUACACCAAUGACAAAUGGGAUGCCAAAGUGUCUAUGUGAACUGAACUGGCUCUUUUAUAUAGGCUUUAUAUCUGAGGUACUAUUGGACUAAAGUGACAUUGUAUCUGUCCUCUGUUCAUGAAAGUUAAUGUGUGUUAUGAAAUUAAAUCUGACUUUUAACCUA